AUGGCUGCUAACAACAUGGUUAAUCCCGCCGUGGACCCCGACCGCGAAGACGAGCUCUUCCUCAAGGAGGUCGAGGAGGUCAAGCGGUGGUGGAACGAGCCGCGCUGGAGGUUCACAAAGCGUCCCUUCACAGCCGAACAGAUUGUAUCCAAGAGAGGUCACCUGAAAGUCGACUACCCAAGUAACGCGCAAUCAAAGAAGCUGUUCGACAUCCUUGAGCAUCGCUUCAAAACCAAGGAUGCCAGUUAUACCUACGGCUGUCUGGAGCCCACGAUGGUUACCCAAAUGGCCAAAUACCUUGACACCGUAUACGUCUCUGGCUGGCAAUCAUCAUCAACCGCCUCUGCCUCAGACGAGCCAGGCCCCGAUCUGGCUGACUACCCCUACACUACCGUGCCCAAUAAGGUUGCUCAUUUGUUUAUGGCCCAGCUCUUCCACGACCGGAAACAGCGGCAAGAGCGCCUCAGCGUCCCAAAGGCUGCCCGAUCCAAGCUUGCCAACAUUGACUAUCUUAGACCCAUCAUCGCCGAUGCUGACACUGGUCACGGCGGUCUGACCGCCGUCAUGAAGCUUACCAAGCUGUUUAUUGAGAAGGGUGCUGCUGGUAUCCAUAUUGAGGACCAGGCCCCCGGCACUAAGAAGUGCGGUCACAUGGCUGGAAAGGUUCUUGUCCCUAUCAGCGAGCACAUCAACCGCCUGGUCGCUAUUCGCGCACAGGCUGAUAUCAUGGGCUCAAACCUCGUCGCCGUCGCCCGUACUGACGCCGAGGCCGCUACCCUUAUUUCCACUAAUAUCGACCCCAGAGACCACGCCUUCAUUCUCGGCUCCACAAACCCCAAUCUCCAAUCCUUGAACGACCUCAUGGUCGCUGCGGAACAGUCUGGCAAGCUUGGCGAUGAGCUCCAGGCCAUUGAAGAUGCCUGGCUGAAGCAGGCCAACCUGAAGCGAUUUGACGAGGCCGUCAUCGACGCUAUCCAGGCUGGUCCUUAUCCAAACAAGAACGAGCUUGUCAAGAAGUACACCGCCGCCGCAAAGGGCAAGAGCAACACUGAGGCUCGCGCAAUCGCCAAGGGCGUUGUGGGUAGCGAUGUUUUCUUCGACUGGAAUGCCCCCCGGACUCGCGAGGGCUACUAUCGUCUUAAGGGCGGCUGCGAUUGCGCCAUCAACAGAGCCAUCGCCUAUGCCCCUUACUGCGACGCCAUUUGGAUGGAGAGCAAGCUGCCCGACUACAAGCAGGCCCAAGAAUUUGCCGAGGGUGUGCACGCCGUCUGGCCCGAGCAAAAGCUCGCUUACAACCUUUCCCCCUCUUUCAACUGGAAGACGGCGAUGCCUCGUGCCGAGCAGGAGACGUACAUCCGCCGUCUAGCAACACUCGGCUAUUGCUGGCAGUUUAUUACCCUCGCUGGUUUGCACACGACGGCACUCAUCAGCGACCAAUUUGCAAAGGCCUACAGCAAGCAAGGCAUGCGUGCGUACGGCGAACUAGUGCAGGAGCCCGAAAUGGAAACUGGCGUCGAUGUCGUCAAGCACCAGAAGUGGAGCGGUGCGACUUACGUUGAUGAGCUUCAGAAGAUGGUCACUGGAGGUAUCAGCAGUACGGCGGCUAUGGGCAAGGGUGUGACGGAAGACCAGUUUCAUUAG